AAAUUAACAGUUUUCAAUUCACAAAUAUAAGAAAAAAAGAAAGCUUAACAUACUUAUUUUUUAUGUGAUCUUUGUCGUUUUACUCGAAAAAAAAUGCUACAAUAAAAUGUUUUAAUCCCAUGAAUACGCUUAGUCAAGGAAUUCAUCGGGUUUGGAGCGGGUUUCUUCAUCAACGUCGACCACCCUAACAUUGCCCUUUUUUUAAAAAGAAACCUGCAGGUUUUAUUCUUUAAAUUCGUUAAAUUGGUUUGAUAGUAAAAGUUAUUUUUCUUUUCUCUUGGUACAAAUUAUUAAUACAUUUAAAAAACUUUUGUGUUAUAUUCUGUUAGAAAAAAUAUUAACGUUUUAGUAUGUUUCGAUAAAAUCAACUUUUUCUUGUAAGACAAACAAAAGUCUCUUCGGGUUAGAUUCUAUUUUUUCUCUAGAAAGAGUGGCUGACUGUAUGUUCUUUUUUAAAAGAUGACGUCUUCAGUUCUCUCAUCUAGUUCAUCAUCUUUUUUUUUUCUCCCUACAUAAAACGUGUAUAUCUUUCUGUGCUAGAUAGAAAAUCAUAAAGUUUAUUUAAGCUUUUUUUCAUACUAAGCGAAAAGUGCCUAUUUUUAUAACAUUAUAUAAAAGUUAUUAUUCAUUUAUUUUUUUAAAGUCAUAUCUUGUUAUUCAAUAACUCUUUUAAGUUUUCAAGUGUUACCUAAACAAACGUGCCAUGUCAUUUUCGUUGUCUUUACCCGUUUACUUGGAUCCUUUAGACGAAAGAGUAAGCAAUUUUGAUAGGGUUGUUUUAGUAGAUCUUUAUGCACAAUCAAUUACACGGGAUAUUCUUUUUUUUAUUUUAUCCUUUUUAACAUUAGGUAUUUUUUCUCUGGUUCUUUCUUGGUUUCCAGUACGGUAUUACCGUUUCCGUUAUAUCAAAACAUCUGACAUAGCAUUAGCUAAAUAUUGUAUUGUCACAUGUGAAAAUCAAAAGCAAGACAUUGUCUUUUGUCAAUAUGUGCAUGUCACUGGUAAAGAAUUCUCUUCUUGUUGUUUAAGAACAACUUCACUGUUGACUUUAAAAAAACAUACAAGCAAGAGUUUGUCAUUUGAUGAAAAUAAAAAAUUUGUUACUAUCAAAUUUAUUUAUCAACAACGCCCUUAUCUUUAUAAUAUUUGGAGCCACCAAUUUGAAUCAAUUCAGUUCAAUCGUCAUAUGCCUUCACAAACAUUAUAUGAAACAUAUGGCGACAAUUUGUUGACAGACGCUUUACGAGAAGAACGAAAACAAAUUUACGGGUUAUGUUCAGUAGAAAUGGAAGCGAAACCAUUGUUUACAUUGUUUGUUUCUGAAGUUUUUCAUCCUUUUUACAUUUUUCAAAUUGCUGCGAUUGGUGCAUGGAUAUGGGAUCAGUAUUAUCAAUACGCAGCAGCGAUUAUUUGUAUUACAGUUGUUUCCUUAUGUGUAGAAGUUUACGAAAUUAAUCGUACUCAAAAACGAUUUCAAAAAAUGGCUCAAGGUUUUACAACGGUGCGGGUUUGUUCAAAAGAGAAUGAGUCUUGUAUUAAGGAAAUGAGUUCAAGUAAUUUAGUUCCCGGUGAUCUAAUCAUUUUAGAAAACAAUAUGAUUCUUCCUUGUGAUAUAUUGUUAUUACGUGGUUCUGUUUUUGUGAAUGAAGAUGUUUUAACUGGUGAAACCGCUCCUAUUUUAAAAAGUUCUUUAGCGUCAGCAUCUCAAAAUUCUAAAACAUUUUUGAUUCAUGAUGAUGCAAAUCAUACGUUAUAUGGUGGAACGAAAAUUCUUAUAACAAGACUUUCAAUUGAACAAACACAUUGCUCAAUCAAACCGUUACAAUCGUACGUUUAUGGUAUGGUGAUUCGAACGGGAUUUUCAACGAAACAAGGGCAUAUGCUACGUUGUAUUCUUUAUCCUUCAUUUCACGACUCCGCCAGUUUUAAAGAAGAAACCUAUAAGUUUAUGGGUCUUUUAGCAAUUUUAGCCUUUUGUGGUUCAAUUUUAACAGCAAUUUUGUCAUAUCGUGUAAAUUUAGCCUUAGGACCGCUUAUCCAUCGUUCAGUAGAUUCUUUUUCAAAUGCACUUCCUCCGUCUUUGACUGCUUCUAUGACCGUUGGUUGCACAAUAGCUGUGGAAAGACUUCGUCGAGUCUAUAAAAUAUUCUGUUUACAACCUUCUCGUAUUAAUAUAGCAGGUCAAGUAAAUACGGUGGUUUUUGAUAAAACUGGCACACUUACGGUUCUAGGACUUCAAUUAGAAGGCGUUUCUUAUUCUCGUCUACUGGAUCAACAAAUAUUUGAUACACCAUGUGCACCUGAUAAAAAUAAACAUUUUCUCUUCAGUUCUAUGAUAGAUGACGUUUAUCAAAUACCAGAUAUACUUUUGAAGGCUAUGGGUACAUGUCAUACAGUUGUUGUUGUCAAUGAUGAAUUAUUGGGUGAUCCUAUGGAGGUUCAAAUGUUGCAAUUUAGCAUGUUUUCUAUUAUGUCAGAGAAAUCGACAUUUUCUUCACAGGAAGAAAAUUAUUCUGUAAACAAUGAAUCCCCCAAAAAUGAAAGUUCAGUACGUAAACUAGAUUUGCCUUGCUUAUUUAAGGUUGGAAGAAUACUUUCACCAUGUGAAACAACUCAAUCCAUGAAUUUUCUGUAUACGAAGCAAAACAAGAAUACAAAUGAAAACAAGGCGCAAUCUCUUAAUGACGUACUUUAUGUCGUGAAGUGUUUCGAAUUCUCGUCUUAUCUUCAACGAAUGAGUGUAAUUGUUUAUGAUCGUUUGAAAAAAGAAUUAUGGGUUUUUAUGAAGGGUGCACCAGAACAAAUUGAACCGCGUUGUCUUCCUUUUUCUGUUCCAGUUGAUUUUAAGGAAACAUUACGUCGACAUACGGAGGCAGGAAUGCGUGUGUUAGUGGUUGCAGGAAAACGUUUAAACUUACCUCCAGAAUCUUUGCAAAAUUAUGAUUUUCGCCAGUCCAAGCAUUCCUCACUUUAUAAUUUCGUUCAAUCGCUUUCACGGGAAGAAGUAGAGCAAGGUGUUUAUCUUUUAGGAAUGACUAUUUUUAAUAAUCAAUUAAAGCCCGAAACGAGAAGGAUUAUUCAAGAGUUAAGACAAGCGAAUUGUCGUAGUCUUAUGUCUACAGGUGAUAACCCUUUAACAGCCGUAGCAGUAGCCCGUAGCACAGGUUUAAUUGAUUUCUCAAAAGAGAUAGUUCUUUUAGGUGAUGUGGCAAGUACAGUAGCUUCGAAUUCUCUAUCCAUUAGUUCAAUUGUUUGGUCACCGAUUCUUCAUUCUCCAACAGUAGACAGUUCUAAUGCGCGUCUCGAUAUUUUUCCUAAAUCGGAUUCAAGUUUAUUAAAUUCAGAAACCGCAUUAGGUUUUGUAGACGAAGAGUCUUUAUAUCAUGAAACGGGUACACCGAAGGAAUUUCUUCAAACAAGAAAAACGAACAGUUCUUUUUGUGAAACAAAUGAAGAUGUCCCCUGUAUAGUUUCUUUACGGAAUUUAACAGAAACAUCAAAGUCACAAAUUUUAACAUCUGGGACCUACACCAGUGCAGAAAUAAAAAAGUAUUUACACGGAAAGGACCCUCGUGAUAUUGUAAUUGUGUUGACUGGAGCUGCGUUUCGCACUUUACGAUCUCAGCAUGACAGGGUUGUCGCAGUCAAUCCUUUUAAAUCAAAAACAAAUGAUAAUACGCGUGUAAAUUGUUUGUUCACGGGUGAAACGAAAAAUCAGAAAUUCAAUAUUCAUUUUUUUACUAAUUUCUUUUUAAAAAGAGAAGCCCCUUUACCUACUUCAAAUUUAUCAGAUUUAGAAUCACUAGUCGCACCUUCGAAUCAACCAAAUAAACGCAAUAUUGAAUCAUCACUUCUAUUACGCGUUCUUCUACCCCGUGACCAUCAUAGUGGAUUACACUAUAAAUGUAGUGUGCUUUGUCAAAAAAAUAGCAACUUUGAUAUGAAUUCCAAACAGGCAACAUUACAAGAGAGUUGUGUGGGAGGGUCUUCAGAGUCUUGUAAAAAUUUUCAACUAAAAGAAACCCAAAAGUAUUCAGAUCGAUUUACAAAUAAUGAUAAUAUUGAAAAAAUGAAAGACGAAGUAUUUGUUGAUAUAACGUUUUUUGAAUAUUGUUUACGUUAUUGUCGAAUUUAUGCUCGCAUGCUUCCAGAUGACAAAGCAACGCUUAUAACAUCGUUACAAGACUUAUCGGGUGAUCCAGCUGUUGGGAUGUGUGGUGAUGGUGCGAACGAUUGUGCUGCGUUACAAGUCGCGAGUUUUGGAAUAUCCAUGAGUGAUAAAGAAGCUUCGAUUGCAGCGUCUUUCACUUCAGGAGCUCAAAGUUUAACUAAUGUUAUCGAUUUGCUUCGUGAAGCAAGAAGCGCCUUAAUUAAUUCAUUCCAGUGCUUUAAAUAUAUUGCGUUUUAUGCUUUUAUUCAAUUAUUCAGUUCAUUGGUACUGUAUUAUUAUGGAACAAAUUUAACGGAUGCUCAGUAUCUUUGGAUUGAUCUUAUAGUUGUUUUACCUUUAUCCAUGACGAUGGCUUGGACCCAUGCUUCUGACACUUUAACAUCCAAAUUUCCGGAUAGACGACUUAUAGGCUUACCGGUUGUUUUAUCCUUAGUUGGACAGAUCAUCAUUCAAAUAAUUUUUACAAUUUUAGCUAUUGUGCUACUGGAAACCUCAAAUUUUUAUGUCCGUUUUAUACCAGAUUCAACUAAAACCCAUUUUGAUUCCGACGAUUUACAAGGAUAUGAAAACACUGUAGUUUUUAUAGUAUCAUCCUUUCAAUACAUCGUAGCAUGUUUAGCUUUGUCCAUGGGAAGACCUUGGAGAAAGCCCAUCUAUACUAACACGAUUUUCACGGGAAUUAUGGUUAUUUUGUCAAUUUCAUCCAUUCUCUUUUUACUAAGCCCCACGACUAUAUCCAAACUAAGCGUCUGGCUUGCUAUUGUUCCUCUACCGUCAUACUUUCGUAUUAGUUUAUCUCUACUUGUCAUUUGUAACUCUGUGACAACUUUACUAUUUGAAAAAAUAGUUGUAAGAAAACUUGCUAGAGAUUAUCAAGCACGAAAAGAUUUUUUAGCUUAUUUUAUCGAUGGUGGCUUUCCUUUAAAUAAAAAAGACCAGUUAUGUUUUUUUCAUAUAUAAUGAUAUUUUUAAAAAUGUUAAUAUAGUUUUAACUAUGUAGUAAAGAUAUAAAACAUUAUGACUAAAAAUUGAACUGCACUAAAAUUGUUUAUUCGUUACCA